AUGGAGCCUCGAAAGGCAAAAUUAAUUGACAGCUUCAAUCUUGAUGCGUCGCAUUUCGAACUCAAUGCCAUUUUCCGAGGGGCCCAGUUGACACUGGUUGGAGCCUACAGGGCAUUGCAAAAUCCGGAUCUAUUCACUGCCGAGUACUAUAAGCAAGCCAUAUACGCCGUGUUAGCUGGACUCGGAAUCCGGCUGCUGGUAGCAAUUCCGAUAAUAGCGGCGAGGCUUGUAUUAUGGUUCACCUCGCUGCUCUAUCCCCGUGACCAAGUCUCAUGGGAAGAUUCUGUUACCGAUUGGCUGAACUUCAUGGGAGAUUCUGUCCUUCAGCUCCCAUUCUUCCUCAUGAUGGUAAUGCGUCAUGUAGUUCCCACUCUAGACAACCUAGCAGGCCUUUCGAUUGUGGUGCUCGCCUUAUCAUACACCCCGAUAUUUGGCCAACUGAUACUCCCUUUAGUGAGUUUCUACACAUUUCACAAGUCGGUCGGACUUGGGCCUGCUUCCAUCAUCUUUGGAAGCGGCCUCUUCUUGCCUCGAAGGUAUCUCAUCAUCUUUUUACAGAGUUACUACUCGUCCCGGAACUUAAUGAAUGAACUUUUAGAGCCUUACUUCACGCGUGUCCAGUUUUCGCGAGAAGAAAAGCGGAACUGGUUCAGAAGCCGCGAAGGUGUCUUGUUUGGGUUUGGUCUUGGGUUUUAUGUGCUCAGUAGAGUACCCCUGUUCGGAGUUUUGGUAUAUGGAAUUGCAGAGGCCUCGACUGCAUAUCUUGUCACUAAGAUCACCGAUCCCCCGCCGCCGCCCUCUGACAUAGGGGAUUUCGCCAGGAGUCAGCAAACUUGGCGUAACAAACACGAGUUCCUUAGUCUUAACCUUUUAACCAUGGACGACAUGCAGACGGGACCAGCCCUUACACCUAGAGAAAAGCAGGACGCGCUGUCGCUCUGA